CUAUAAGAGGCCUCCCCGGGCGGCCCCGGCAGCUCCGCCGCCGCCCGCCGCCGCGCACCGAGCCCCGCGCCCCGGCCGCCGCCGAGACCGGCACCCGCGCCCCAGGUGAUGGUGUAGCAGCCGCUGCUCCCGGCAGCAGCACCCCGAGCGCGCAAAGCUGGCUCCCUGCGCCAUGGUCACCCACAGCAAGUUCCCCACCGCCGGGAUGAGCCGCCCCCUCGACACCAGCCUGCGCCUCAAGACGUUCAGCUCCAAGAGCGAGUACCAGCUCGUGGUGAACACCGUGCGCAAGCUGCAGGAGAGCGGCUUCUACUGGAGCACGGUGACGGGCGGCGAGGCCAACCUGCUGCUGAGCGCCGAGCCGGCCGGCACCUUCCUCAUCAGGGACAGCUCGGACCAGCGGCACUUCUUCACCCUCAGCGUCAAGACGGAGUCGGGCACCAAGAACCUGCGCAUCCAGUGCGAGGGCGGCAGCUUCUCCCUGCAGAGCGACCCCCGCAGCAGCCAGCCCGUGCCCCGCUUCGACUGCGUGCUCAAGCUGGUCCAUCACUACAUGCCGCCCGCUCCCUGCGCCGUCCCCGAGCAGCCGGGGGGGGGCCUGCACCCCAAGCGCACCUACUACAUCUACUCGGGCGGCGAGAAGAUCCCGCUGGUGCUCAGCCGCCCGCUCUCCUCCAGCGUCUCCACUCUGCAGCACCUCUGCCGCAAGACCGUCAACGGGCACCUGGACUCCUACGAGAAGAUGACUCAGCUGCCGGCUCCCAUCAAGGAGUUCCUGGACCAGUACGAUGCCCCCCUCUAAGGGGCCCGCGGAGGGAGGUCACACGCUACAAGCACAAGAGCAGGGGACAGGCACAACACCCCGCAGAAGCAGGAACUUGCGGGGCACGAGAAGCCUCUCCCUCUGGGAAGGAGAGGAGGGGACCGGGGGUGAGCCGUGGCGGACCCGGGGCUGUGGCUCGUGCCCGUCAUGUUGGGGGGGACACCCUGAGGAAGCGCGACACCCCCCGUCCGGGGGAAGGAGACUGCUCUGGUCGGACUGUGGAUGUUACAGUGCGCCCCGGCACGGGGGGAGCCGGGUCGGCAGAGCCCCGGGGCGCGGGCAGCCCAGGGACGGCACCCACUGCGCGGCACGGGGGGGCUGCGCCCCAGCAGCCGCCUCCUGGCCACCCUGGCGGGACCGCGCCGGAGGGGUCUGGCGACAGCCCUCCCGCCAGGAGAGAAUGAGAAGCACUGGAGUCCAGCUGGUGCCUGACGCUUUUCCUCGGUUUUAAGGGGAAAGUGGUUUUUGCCCGUACUUUACCUCUUGCUGCCUCCUUGUGGGUGGAAGCUCCUUUCACACCAGGCCCCAGACUUGGAGGUCGCUGCCUUUUUGCCCUCGUUGCCAUUUUCCAAGGGACUAAGCCUUAAUAUUCUUCUUGUCCCGUGGUCUGGGUUACUGCACAUUGUUUGGCGACGCUGAGUGAUAAUGGUCCCGGUAACACGUCGUGAAGCCGGAGGGGAAACAGCCCAUCCUGACGACUGAGUCCCGCGUGCUCACAUCUGCAAGGAGCGCCGAAGGGACACGGUGCUGGCACCGGGCCGUUACUCCCGAGUGUUGCACCCCACCUGCCCGGCCUCUCCCCACGGACCCCAGCUCUCCAUCCCGGCCGGGGCCCUGGCUGUGCUGCUCCACGGGGCACCGAUGCCUGCAGGAACGCAGCAGGAGGAUGCCCUGAGAGUGCUGUCCUGUGAGCGUUCCUCUGCGUCUGCCUGGAGAAGCAGUUGUGGUUUUUUUUCUGGCCUUUUUUCUUUUUUUUUUUUUUUUACCGGAGAGAUGUUUACAGGUCUACGUGAAUCACUGUCUUUUAUAAAGAUUCCAUCUUCACCUCCAGCCUCGAGGGCUGAGCAAAACCAUGCUUGAAAAUUCAACCAAAACAAAACUCAGAUGAAACUUUGCACAUAUUUAUAUUUAUAUUCAGAAAGGAAACGUUUCCAUAAUUUAUAAUAAAGAGCACUAUUUUUUAA